GGUGGCGGGGUGGAGAAGGAGACUGAGGUGGGGGUACAGAGAUCAGGUGGGGAACGGAGGAGAUCAGGGGGCGCCCAUGACGCCCUGAAUCGUCCCCCCCACCCCGCCUCCCUGCCAGUUGCUGGGUCCGUGUGCGCUCUCUGCGGACGCCCGGGCUCCGUGCGCCCCUUUCCCGGCUCCUGGCCCCGCCUCGGCGUCGGCUGCAGGUUCCUCCUCCGCCGGGGCCCCGCCGCACUCGUGCGCCUCGCGAGCGCCCCCCACCCCUGCCCCCCGCCCGGCCCGGCCCGCAUCCCCGGAGCCCCGGGAGCGAGCAAGUCUGGGCGGCUUUGCAGGGACGCGCUGCGCCGGGCGGAGCCACGGCCGGACCCGGGCGUCCAGGGCGCAGCGGCCGCGGUGGUGGCACCCGGGCACCGGGAGCUCCUGGAGGAAGAAGGCGGCUGCGGAGACCCGGACCCGAGGAGGUCUUAAACACUGUCAGCAAGGCUGCACUGAAUUCGUCCUCAACGGGCAUAUUUUCACCUCUAUAAUGAAGAAGAGCAGGAGUGUGAUGACAGUGACGGCUGAUGAUAAUGUUAAAGACUACUUGGAAUGCAGUUUGAGUAAGUCCUACAGUUCUUCCAGUAACACACUUGGGAUCGACCUCUGGAGAGGAAGAAGGUUCUGCUCAGGAAGCUUACAGUUACCACCCCUGUCCCAGAGACAGAGUGAAAGAGCUCGGACUCCAGAGGGAGAUGGCAUUUGUAGACCCACCACAUUGCCUUUGACAACACUUCCCAGCAUCGCUAUUACCACCGUGAGCCAGGAGUGCUUUGAUGUGGAAAAUGGUCCAUCGCCAGGUCGAAGCCCACUGGACCCCCAGGCCAGCUCUUCCUCUGGGCUGGUGCUUCAUGCCGCCUUCCCAGGGCACAGCCAGCGCAGAGAGUCCUUUCUCUACAGAUCAGACAGCGACUAUGACUUGUCACCAAAGGCCAUGUCAAGAAACUCUUCACUUCCAAGCGAGCAACACGGCGAUGACUUGAUUGUCACACCUUUUGCUCAGGUCCUCGCCAGCUUACGUAGUGUGAGGAACAACUUUACCGUCCUGACAAACCUUCAUGGGACAGCCAACAAGAGGUCCCCAGCUGCUAGUCAGCCUCCUGUCACCAGAGUCAACCUACAAGAAGAAUCUUAUCAAAAAUUAGCAAUGGAAACACUGGAGGAAUUGGACUGGUGCUUAGACCAGCUGGAGACCAUACAGACUUACCGCUCCGUCAGCGAGAUGGCUUCUAACAAGUUCAAAAGAAUGCUGAACCGUGAACUAACUCAUCUCUCAGAAAUGAGCCGAUCGGGGAACCAAGUGUCUGAAUACAUUUCAAAUACUUUCUUAGACAAGCAGAAUGACGUGGAGAUUCCAUCACCCACCCAGAAAGACAGGGAGAAAAAGAAAAAGCAACAGCUCAUGACACAGAUAAGCGGAGUGAAAAAAUUGAUGCAUAGUUCAAGCUUAAACAACACAAGCAUCUCUCGCUUUGGAGUCAACACAGAAAACGAAGAUCAUUUGGCUAAGGAACUAGAAGAUCUGAAUAAAUGGGGUCUUAACAUCUUCAACGUGGCUGGAUAUUCACACAAUAGACCCCUGACAUGCAUCAUGUAUGCCAUAUUCCAGGAAAGAGACCUCCUUAAGACUUUUAAAAUCUCAUCAGACACAUUUGUUACUUACAUGAUGACUUUAGAAGACCAUUAUCAUUCUGAUGUGGCAUACCAUAACAGCCUACAUGCUGCUGACGUGGCCCAGUCAACACACGUUCUCCUUUCGACACCAGCAUUAGAUGCUGUCUUCACAGAUUUGGAAAUCCUGGCUGCCAUUUUCGCAGCUGCCAUUCAUGAUGUUGAUCAUCCUGGAGUCUCCAAUCAGUUUCUCAUCAACACAAAUUCAGAACUUGCUUUGAUGUAUAAUGAUGAAUCUGUGCUGGAGAACCAUCAUCUCGCAGUAGGUUUCAAACUGCUUCAAGAAGAGCACUGUGACAUCUUUCAGAAUCUCACCAAAAAGCAGCGUCAGACGCUCAGGAAAAUGGUGAUCGACAUGGUGUUAGCAACUGAUAUGUCCAAACACAUGAGCCUCUUGGCAGAUUUGAAGACCAUGGUUGAGACGAAGAAAGUUACAAGUUCAGGUGUUCUUCUCUUGGACAAUUAUACUGAUCGCAUACAGGUCCUUCGAAAUAUGGUGCAUUGUGCAGACCUGAGCAAUCCCACCAAAUCUUUGGAAUUGUAUCGACAAUGGACAGACCGUAUCAUGGAAGAAUUUUUCCAGCAAGGAGACAAAGAACGGGAGAGGGGAAUGGAGAUCAGUCCAAUGUGUGAUAAGCACACAGCAUCUGUGGAAAAAUCCCAGGUUGGUUUCAUUGACUACAUUGUCCAUCCACUAUGGGAAACCUGGGCUGACUUGGUGCAGCCUGAUGCCCAGGACAUUUUGGAUACGUUAGAAGACAACAGGAACUGGUAUCAGAGCAUGAUACCCCAGAGUCCCUCCCCACCAUUGGAUGAGCAGAGCAGAGACUGCCAGGGUCUCAUGGAGAAAUUUCAAUUUGAAUUGACCCUUGAAGAGGAAGAUUCUGAAGGACCUGAAAAAGAGGGAGAGAGACACAGCUAUUUCAGCAGCACAAAGAUGCUUUGUGUGAUUGAUCCAGAACACAGGGAUUCACCGGGAAAGACUGAUGGAGAUGUUGCAACAGAAGGCAAGUCUCCAACGGAUACUUAAUCACCCACUCCAUGUGGAGAUGAACAUUCCACCUUUGACGAGCAUGCCGGCUAUAUGGUAGGGCCAACCCACCGUGAGAGGCCGAGGCCUGCAUGGGACAAGGGCCAUGUGGCCUUUCCAGUUACUUGAGUGUGGAGCCAGAAUGUAAGACCAUGAAGCAAAUAGCUCAGGAAAUACCACCGUUGACUUGCCUUGCUGGCCAGCUUGGUGGAGAGCUGAGCUCAAUGUGGUACUCGAAGCUAGAUUCAGAUCAUGACCAAAUGGCUUGAACACAGAAGACACAAAACUGAGAGAUUUUUCUGCACUAAGUUUGGGGGCUCUGUCCCCUCUAGUGACUGAAGGAACGGACUAAUAACUUCAUUUAAAAAUCUGCUCACUUUGUCCCUUUGUCUGCCAACCUGUGUGCCUUUUUUGUAAAACAUUUUCAUGUCUUUAAGAUGCCUGUUGAAUAUGUAUUUAGUAGCAACUUAUACACAAGUAAGCAUUCAAAAGUUGGCAUAAACUUUUUUGACACUUUCUGCAAAAAAAAAAGAAAGAAAGAAAGAUGGAAGGAAGGAAAGAAGGGAGGAAAGAAAGAGAAAGGAAGGAAGGAAGGAAGGAAGGAAGGAAGGAAGGAAGGAAGGAAGGAAAUGGUCUUCCUUCUUUCUUGGGCAAUAUCUUUUCACUUUACUACAGUUACUUUUGCAAAGAGAAAGAAUAUACUUCUAACCACAUUCUGUUUUCUUCCUGCACUGUCCCAUUCAACUCCACAGUUGUCCUUGUGACUUAACUUCUUGCCCAUUUUGGACAGAAUGUGUUUUCCUUAAGUGUCGCCCUGUUAUGCUGUUAACAGAAUAAAGGUGAACAAGCUGAGGAGUAAAUGAAGACAGUCGUGUAGGUCACAGUAACAGUGUGUAAAAAAAAUUCAGCCUAAGGAGGCUUUGUGUCCCCCUGUGUCCUGAGCCCACUGGCAACAGGCACCAAGUUGCACGACCCCCAUCUUGCGCCCCCAACUCUUUUACUCCUUAACCCAGCCAAACUGUCUUCAAUUUAACGCUGCUACCCUUCUCUUGCACUGCCUUCCACGCUAACAUCCGUUUCUGUUUAGAACUUUGUAUUUAUUACUUACUGUACAUAGUGUAAUGUUUUGUAAGUUAUUAAUUUAUACAUCUAACAUUGCCUGUCAACGGUGGUGUUAAAUUUGUGUAGAAAACUCUGCCUAAGAGUUGCGACUUUUCUUGUACCUUUUUUUUGUAUUGUGUGUUCUAUAACCUGAAGAUCACUUGAGACAACCCGCUUGCUUGCUAGUGAGGACAUCGGUGGUCUUUUAUUCUGAGUCUGCCCUUUUCUCUGCCUGAGUCUCUAAUCAUGCUCAACCCCUUUAUGAGUCUGUUUUGGAAACAGGAUUCUCACAUUAGAUACUGAAAUGGUUUAUACUGAGCUUUUACUUGUGGAUAAUUUGUUAGGGGGAGGGGAGCCCUGGGAUACAGUUUCGACCUAGAUUCUAUCCAAAUCUAUGUACGUUGAGUUGGGCUAAUACUGGGUUCUAUGAUCAUUGUGGUUUCUAUUUAAGAAGAAGAAGAAAAAAAAGACACUACAUUUUCUUACAGAUGGCUCUUCUGAGUGUCCCCAGACUACUGACUUUGCAAAGAAAGCCGCCUGCCUGCCAUGAAGCAGGAAUAUCAUGUUCCCUUAAUUAUAAAAGCAAACAAUAAAACAAUGUGAAUUUCAUAAUACAAUGUGAACUGAUGUCGUAAGUUAAGCAAAUGUGAAGCUUCUGAUAACACUCAUUAGACCUCUUCCUGACUCCAGUCUCAGUUUGUAAACGAUAUUUCAUGCUUUCAGUUCAUUCAGCAUUGUGACUCAACAGGUAAAGAAAUGACACGCACGUGCAUGACCAGUGGGUUUGUGUGUCUCUGAACACUGCAUUUCUUCAGGUGGAGAUUUGAUUGUUUUGAAAGUUUCUCACAAUGUAUGUUAAUGUAUUAUUAUUAUUAUUAUAUAUUGUGUUCAAAUGCAUUCUUAAGAAACUUUUAUAUGAGGUGAAUAAAUGAAAGCAUGAUUAGA